CUUAAAUGGAUUUUUAACAAAGUCACAACAAUGACAGGAAUAACCAGUCUUGUAUUUGUUCAGCCGUGACCUGCUGUGUUUGUAACUAUGGAAGCCGGAAAGCUUGCGUUUUAAUUCUCAUGACAACACGCGAGAGCGUCCGGUUUCCCUGGCAACCAUAGGCACCCACCUCGAGCUGGUGCUGUGAUUGAAACUUUUACACUUGUGGCUUUAUACUAACACUAAAUAGUUUGCGUUUAAUUUGCUUACGCGCGUUAUUAAUCAUUACUAUUGAAGUGAAAAGCACUCUGCAACCUUUUUUCCUAUAAAAAACAACUUUUAAUGCAUUUAAGACUUUAUUAGCUGACAUAGCAACUUGCUAAGCCCAGUUUAAGCGUUUAAAAGCACUUCAAGUCUCAGCAAGAAUCGAGGACAAUUGGAAAAACGUCGCUGUUCGGUUAUUAAAGUGCAUUGGAUCACUACCAGUUUCCAGAUGAGUUGUGAAGGGGAUCAAGGACUGGAAGCCGUGAUUCAGAAGCUGGAGGAGUCACUGCUUAACCCAGAUAGCAGUGCUGAGGAAAAGCCUUACACUGUGCACGGAGAUGAGGAGGAGUCCAUCGCCACGCCAGUUCCUGCCCGCAUCCGUGAGAUCAUCACCAGAAACCUGGCUGAUACACCCACAGGCGAGAGCAGCGAGCUGGAGGAGAACCGGCUGCCGAAGGAUCUGCCUUCUCAGAUGUGCACAGACAAAGACCAGCUGCUCAGCAGGCAGGCUGCUCUCACUAGCCGGUCCUCCCUUGUCUAUCAAUCUUGUCAACCCCGCCCCGGUGCAUUCCCAGAGGUGCAUCAGAAAUCAAACCGAAAACAACCUGAUAUCGAUGGGAAUGUGAUCUUGUCCUCUGGCAGUAUGCUGGAGCAGAUGCUGUUGCAACAGUCAGGAGAUUCAGACCAGCAGAGUGUGUAUGGCGCGGAGCAGGGCUGGCUAAGAGAGGAAGGACGAUCUUAUAGGCUGAAGCUCCAGGCCUUUCAGGAGAGCCAACGCAGACAGGCUCAGCUGGUGCAGAAACUACAGGCCAAGUUGCUCCAAUAUAAGAAGAGAUGUGGAAAUCUUGAGCAGCAGGUGCUGGAGAAAACCUCAGAGUCAGAGAAGCUUAGGCUCUCGCUCCAGUCACACCUAGACUCCUCAGCACACCGUCUCCAGCGCUUUGAGCAGGAACACAGUCUGGAUGUCCAAAGUAAACUUGCACUGCUGGAGGAUGAGCAGAAACGGUGUUCUGGUUUGAGCCAGGUCAACGCACUGCUCCGGGAACAACUUGAACAAGCCAAUGAAGCCAAUCAGGCCCUGACAGAAAGCCUGCAGAAGGCACAAGAGGACGCAGAGCAGAGGGACACACGACUCAGGAGGGAACUUGAGAUGAAUACCUCCCGAAACAGCCGCGAGCAAGCCCGUGUGCGAUCUCUGUGGCGUCAGGCUGCCUUCCUACGGAGCUCUUUCACUCAGUUGCGGGCUUUCGCUGACAGGAGUCUAUCGGACAUGCGAGCCGAGUGCGCGGUGGCUGGCCGUUGUCUUCAUAUGGCCUGUGUGAAUUUGGAGGCUAGCACGAGCCAGCCUUGUUCCCCUGUUAGCAGCGGAGUAUCAGCACUGGAGAAUCAACUAAGAGACAAGCUGAGGGAGGCUAUGCAGCUGCAGGCCCGCUUUGAUGCGGAGAAAGUAGAGCUUAACUCCAGAAUCCUAGAAUUGGGUGAAAUGGUGAAGCAGCUCCGAGCACAAAACAGUGACAAGGAGAGCAAUCUGGCAGCACUGCGGAGCAGCUUGGACAGGAUGGAAAUUAAUCGGUCCGAAGAUAGAACCGAGAGGGAUGCCUUGCGCAGCGAGAUCAGCAGUCUGCAACAGAUACUCCACAACAUUAAUCAGGUGGUUUGUGGAGAGGGUUCAGAGUCAUCAAGAGAGGAGCACCACUCCGUUCCAGCAGGAUAUGUUUCUUCUUCUCAAAGAGACAGUACUCUGAUAGCAGUGCAGAGAGCCCUCUUACAGCGACAGGCACAAAUUCAGGAGCUGCGAACACUUCUAGAAGCUUCACAAGAGCAGGUUGCCACCUUGCGAGAUCAGCUGCAUGUUGGGGAAGAUGAAACCAGAAGUCUGGAACAAAGAUUACGGGAACUGCAGCAAGAGAACCAACUAUUGGAGAAAGCUGAGGAGGACAGCACAAGAGAUGCCCAGAGAUAUCGCACCUCACUGGGCAUAGUAAACAGUGAAAAAGGAGAGCUUGAAAGGCAGCUCUUAGCCCUGAAGCAGCAGCUGGAAUGCGCACAAUCAGAACAGGAAGGUUUGCAAAGCUCCUCUCUGGAUGUUCAGAGGCAGAGAGACCUCCUCAGGCAGCAGAGGGAGGACCUGGAGAGGCAGCUGGCUCGAGAACGCUCUGAAUCUGAGAGGGGACGACACACUCUGGAGCAGUUGGAGAUGAGACACUCAGAUGUGCGUAAAGAGCUGGUCACACUAAAGGAAGCUCUGAGUCAGCUGACUUUACAGAAAGAGGUUCUGGAGGACGAAAAGAGCAGUCUCGCACAGGCUCUCUCUAGGGCCGAGGCCCAGAAUGCUGAGCAGGAACUGGCGCUCACUAAACUACGAAGUGAAGAUGCAGGGCUACAGGACUCCCUGGCCAAGAUGGGAGCCCUGAGUGAGGGAUUGGCUAAAGAUAAAGUCGAAUUGAACCGUCUUCUCCUACAGGCCGAGGCCGAAAAGGCAGAGCUUGGCGAACGCAGACGGGAGGCAGAGCAAGAGCGAGCGGCAGCCAGAGAGGAGUUAGCUCGGCUUCAGCAGGAGCUAUUAGACCUGACAGCAGAGAAGCGUGGUCUGGAGGCCUCACACAUUCACCUCCAAGAGGCCCGAGUGACCCUAGAUGUGGAGUACAACCACCUGCAGAGGGAGAAAAGCUCAGCCCUGGAGCAACAUGCUCAGGUCUGUAAGCAGAAGCAAGACAUGCAAGAACAAUUGAGCGCAUGUCGUAGAGAAAUGGAGCUGAGUGCUGCCUCGCUGCAGAAGACUUGCAAAGAGAGAGAUGAACUGGCAAGAGACAAAGCCAAUCUCACAGUGCAACUCACCUCAGAGCAACGUAAAUCCAAGGCCCUGGCCCAAGACCUGGCCGCUCUGCGGGUUGAGAGAGAGUCUCUAGAGUCAGUCCUGUUGGACAGACAGGAACUGGCCUCGUCGCUAGAGGCCGACCGGGCUAAGUUAGAGGAAGAGAUCGCUAGUCUACAGCAGGCUAACGAGACUUUGACGCGUGAGCUGUCUAUUGUUCACGGUGAACUAGAGCAGCAAAUGUCCCGGGCUUUGCAGGAGAAACAGGCUUUAGAGUUAAAGCUUGCUCAAGCCGAGAGAAACGCACAACAAACCCUCAUCACAACACAGCAAAGCCAUCAGGAACAACUGCAUACUGAGCGAAAGCAUAAGGAGCGCAUGCGUGCGGAGUUGUGUGCACAGAGGGAGCAGGCAGAGUCGCAGCUGCGGGCCGAGUGCGAGGAGCUGCGCAUGCAGAGUCGUAGAGUGCUGCAACAGCUGCAGGAAGAACUGGCCAAACUGCAGCAACACUGUACAGAGUCCUUGCUGCAGGCCGAGAGCCAUAAACAGCAGGUUCUGUCUGAGAAGGAGGCAGAGAAGGCUAUUCUUACAGAGCGCAUAAUCAUCCUCGAGCGUGACAUAGAGACAGCUGCCCUUGAAAAGGACCGUAUGCGUAGAGACUUCCUGACCAAGCAGGAGCAGGACAAGGACACAGUUUUAGGGUUGCAGACAGAGCUUCAGGACCUGCGGUCUCGUUUCGAGGAGUCUCUGAGUUCCCGUGAAGUUUCGGAGCGCAGCUUAAAUGACCAGAUCAGAGAGCUGUCUAUGCAGAGGCAGGAGGCUCAGCAAGAGGUGGAGCGUUUGAGGAGGGAACUGAGUGUGGUGGAAGAGAGCAGGGAUUCUGGUCGUAAGGAACUGAUCGAGGCCCAUCGAGAGCUGAGGGAGAGUUUGCAGGACAGGGAUGCUCAGCGGCGUGAGGGCUUGGAACUUAAGAGAGCUUUAGGGGAUGCUGUGAGAGAGAAAGAGGCCAUCCAGACUUCCAAUCACGAACUCCGUACAGCUGUGAAGAGAGCCGAGUUUGAAAACAACAGUUUGAAGCGAGCGGGAGAGGAAAAGGAACAGAGACUGACAGUUUUAGAAGAUUGUAAAUCCUCCCUCCAACAGGAGGCGCUGAAGCUGAGAACCAACAUGCGUGAGCUUGAGAGAUCACGCUUGCAGGCGCGCAGAGAACUGCAGGAACUGCGCAGACAGGUGAAGACACUGGAGGGUCAGUGCAUUCAACAAGGGCAAGAGUUGAGUGACAUGCAGUCCAGACUGUCUCAGGAAGAACAGAGAGAGGAGGAAAUGAGAAAGGAGACCUUCACUCUCCGACAAAGAGUGCUGGAGAGUGACGCUGGCAGAGAGGCAGCCCUGAAGGAGGCUGCAGGCUUGCAGCGGCGUGUAGCAGAAUUGGAAGAAGUGCAUCGCCAGGAGAAAGAGAUGCAGCAACAACGGGAUGCCAAUCUUCAGGAGAGCCAACUGAAGCAGCGUGAGGAGGCCGCUCGCUUGGAGAGGGCACUGCAGGAAGCCCAGGCCCAGCUCAGGGAGCUUGGGCUGAAGGUCAGUCUAGCAGAGGCCCGGGCCCAGGGGCUAGAAGAGCAGCUGGGGCAGAAUGACGCCAUACGGAGCGAUCUCGAGCACAGGUUGAAUGUUCUCAGUUCUGCGCUGAAACGUACACUUGGAAGUGGGCGUGGAAGACGUUCACCCACACCUGGGGAACGUGGACGGAGCCCCUCACCAUGGAGAACUCGCUCACCUGUGAAAGGUGAAAUCAUGUCAGAACAGCCUGGGGUGGAUGGGUUGCCUAUGUGUUCUCUGUCCCCCUCUCACAGAGAGGACGGAGAGCUGGAUCUGGACUCACUUCAAAUGUUGCUGCGUAGCUUCCAGCAAGAGCUCAGGGACACGCAUAGAGAGCGGGAUGAGUCCCAGGCACAGGUGCAUAGUCUCAGCAAGCAGGCAGAAAAACUGCAAGCCAGUCAGGAGAGAAGCAACACACGUAUACAGAUGCUGAAACAAUCUAUCAGAGAGAUGGAGGAGGGAAAGCGUGAGCUGGCCAAGCAUUUAGAGGGGAUGCAAGCAUCACUCUCUUUACGGGAUGAGGCAGUUCAGCGUGGAGAAAUACAGAAUAGGAUUCUGAGCGAAGAGUUGGCCAAAAUGAAGAACAGCCAACAGAUAACUGAGACAGAGGCCAAAGCACUGCAGGAGAAGCUGGAGCGCUCCCAGGCCUCUGAGGAAAAUCUGGAAGCCGAACGCCGUCGUAUGAAGCAGAUCUGUGAAGCCGCGGAAGCUCGCGCUGCCAGACUGGAGCUCACGCGACGGGGGUUGGAGGGAGAGCUGCAGCGUGCCCAGCUCCGAGCCACAGAGACGGAGGCGGAGGUCAGCUCGCUGCAGGAACGCCUCAACAACCUCCGCAGAGAGCUGGGAGACAGUGAAGAGCGUGCUGCUCUACUGAAGGUUGAGGGUGAGAGGUUGGCAACUGCUUUGGCACAUACAGAACUGCAGGAGAGCCAGUUGAGGGAGCAACUGCAGGCCAUGGCUGCAUCCUUGACUGACAGCAAGGCUGCUGCAGGAUCAGCCCGGGAUCAGGCCGCCCAACUGCAGCGAGCUCUCACAGCCAGCGAACAAGACCGGAAGAUGCUGCAGGAGAGGUUGGAUAAGACACGGGAGGCUCUGACAAAUGGUAGGAAGCAAAAUCAUGGCUUGAGUGAGAGACUACAGAGCCUGCAGAGAAGCCAGGAAGAGUCUGAACUCAGGGUCUCCGAACUGGACAAACAGACACGUGGCCUGCAGGAGGCUGUGAGACAGAGACAACAGGCUGAGCAGGAGGUGCAAGAGAGGUGUGCACUCCUGCAGGGAGAAAAGGAUCAGCUUCAGGAGCAGGUGGCCACCCUGCAAACCACUGCACAACGGCUGCAGGGAGAGAAAGCUGAGCUGGAGAGGACACUACUGCGUCUUGGAAAAGACAGGUCCUCUCUAAAACGUACCCUGGAGAAGGUGAAACAGAAUCGCCAAAGGAAGGAGAUGGAGGUACUGCAUGCUGACCGUGAGAGAGAACAGCAAGAACAAAAAAUCCGAAACCUAGAGCAAGAGUUAAGCGAGACACAGGCCGAAAUUCACACACUGCAGUCCCAGAUCUCUAUCUUGGAGCAGACUCACUCCCAGAGGCUCAUGGAAGUGACAGCUCACCACAGGCAAGAGCUGGACCUAGAGUCAGAACGGAUGAGGGACUCCCAGCAGCAGGCAGAGAGAGCACUGGAGGCUCGGGAGAAAGCUCACCGCCAGAGGGUCCACUGUUUGGAGGAACAGGUUUGCACACUGAAAGAACAGUUGGAGCAGGAGAUGAAAAGGAGGCAAGCAUAUAUGAAGCAGAUGCUGAGAUUGGGGCUCUAAAAAACACAAUGGCUUGGGAAUUCAGCCCACAGUGACCAACUGACAGCUUUUUGACAUGUUUGUAAUCUCUCAAAGGCCAAUGAAACAGGGCCAGUGCUUACGUGGAUGGACUUAUGCAUAAUCAAAAAUGUUACACACGCAUACUUCACACACUUUGGUUUUAAAAACACACAAAAUCACUGGUCUCAGGGAGAAUUGUUGGACUACAUUUGCACAAAUACUUUAAGUAAUCCUGAUUCACACCAUAAGAACCCAAUAACAACAAACAAAGAGAUCACUGUUUCACCAAAUGCUUCUCAAUUGCCAAAUUGUUUUAAGGAUUUGUUCAGCAAGCUGUUGAAACAGACUAUAAAUCUGCCUAAGUCUAUACCUGUUCAUCUUAGAGCAUUAAGCACAGUUUCAAUUCAUUCACCCCCCCCCCCCCCCACACACCAU